UCAUCUGCGUUUGCAAGCAUGGUUGAUAAGCAACCCCACUUGAACGGUGGCUAUUACGGUCCCGCCAUUCCCCCUGCGGAGCAACCACGCUACCGCCACAACCAUGGAAGAAGCUGCUGUUGCUGCCUCUUCGGAAUCUUCUGGAAGAUUCUCGUUACCCUCGUCGUCCUCGUUGGCCUCGCAAUCCUCAUCUUCUGGCUCGUGGUUCAACCCCGUUCCUUCAAGUUCUAUGUAACGGAAGCAGAGCUAACUCAGUUUGAGUAUGAUACCAACAACAACACCCUUCACUACAACAUGGUGCUCAACUUCACCGCACGCAACCCCAACAAGAAGCUCAGCAUAUACUACGACAAAGUAGAGGCAUUAGCGUUCUACGAGGACACCAGGUUCGCCAAUUACGAUGUCAUAACGCACAUCAACUCCUUCCGCCAAUACAAGAAGAGCACCAACCGCAUGACCGCCGUUUUCUCCGGGCACAAAGUGGUGCUUCUCAACAAUGAACAAAUCUCAGAGUUGAACCAAGAUAAGAGUGAGGGAGUUUACGACAUCUAUGUGAAGCUAUACUUCAGGAUUAGGUUCAGGCUCGGGGACGUCAAAUCCGGUGACUACAAGCCCAAGGUCAAAUGCCACCUCAAGGUUCCUUUCAGUAGCAAUGCCACCGUAACCCUGUUCCAGACCACCAAGUGUGACGUCGAUUUCUAGAUGGACUGCAUUUUUUAUUUCUUCCAUUGAUUUUAAUUUGAAAUUUUAUUUUUCUUACCCAUUUGUCAUUAUUUCAUUAAGAUAUGUUGUAAUGUAUAUGCUUUCUUGCAAUAAACUACUUUUGGUUCUCCUCUA